AUUCGGUUGUAAACGCAUGCCAGUCGAAUCAGACCGAAAUUAUACUUUUAUUAAUUUAUUUGCAGAGUUUUUUUGUGUGUUUCUAUAGUGUUUAACAUCGAUAGAGACGUAUAUUUUUGCAUUAGGGGGACAUGGGCAUGAAGUAAGAUUGUUUAACUUAAAAUAAGUAUUUGAAUGAUAAACGUGUGACUACAGCUGCAGCACAAGUUUAUAGAAGAGAGUCUGAUUCUGGCUCGGUUUAAUGAGGUUUUUGGGAAGUAUAAUUUAUAGGUUUAUUGCACACAAAAGCACUCCUCAUCCAACCAACCAGCGUCGAAGAUCAAACAACCAUCUGCAGCUAGCAACAGAUCACAGUCACUAUAAAGAAGAUCUGAAACUACGUUAUGCAGGAACAGACUUCUGAGAUCACACAAGAUGUGCAGGAGGUGCAUAAGGACGUCCUGAGAAAUUCGGUGCUGAAUUCAUCUCUGCCCAAUUCUCUUUUAGGAGGCCAACCAGUGUGCGAGGUGAUAGAGAGAGAUCGAUUCACACCUGUCUUGGUGCGUGCGUGUAAGAAAGUAUCUUGUGUUAAUCGAGGAGAUUGGGAAACUUUAGAUGAUGUCAUAUCUCGAGACUUCUCUCCUGGAUCUGAAGGAUGUAGAGUGCUUCUCUAUGGUGGUGUUGGAAUAGGUAAGACUACAGCAGUGGAGAAGAUCAUUUGGGAUUGGACGUCUGGCAGAUGUCUGCAACAUUACACGCUGUUGCUUCGCAUUAGCGUCAAGGAGCUGAGCGCUCUCGAAGAGAAACCAGAGAGUCUUCAAAACUUGUUGACCCGCACGCACGCUCAUCUCUCCAUAGAGAGUAUUGCUGUCAUCCUGAAGAGACCUCAGUCUCUCCUCCUUGUGUUUGACGGGCUAGAUGGCUUCAAAAACCUUAUGUCCACUCCUCCAUCUUCUUCUAGUCUUAUCUGUGAUGCACAACAAGAAGCAACUAGCUCUGUAUUAUUGUGGAGUCUGGUGAACGGCUCUCUACUUCCAGGUGCUUCAAUGCUGGCUACGUCCAGAGAACCACUCACCCUCGAGUCGUGGAAGAGUAUCGAGUUGGUCGGGUUCUCCCAGAACCAGAGGAGAACGUUUUUCCAGCGGUUCUUUGAUGAUGAAAGCCAAGCGGAGAGACUUUUUUGGCACAGCGAGCAGAUGUUGGGAGUCUCCGAACAGAGUUUCUGUCCUGCUUUCUGCUGGAUACUUUGUAAUGUCUUCAAAACUCAGUUUGAGAGGAAAGCAACCCUACCCGAGACCCUUAGCCAUCUCUUUGGUAUUGUUACACACGCGCUCCUGCAGAAACAAACGCUAAACGUAGAGCAAAUGAAAGAGCUCGUGUCUGGUUUGGGUAGACUUGCCCGUCUUUGUUCGCCCCAUACUGUUUGCUCCUACAGUGAUGUCAUUUCCUGCGGCAUGCAGUCUUUUCUACGCUCCUCUGUGCUUUCUGAUUUUCUGUACAGCAGUGGUGAUGUCACUUCUCCUGAUAGCACGUUCUCCUUUCUGUCUCCUUUGAUGCAAGAGUUCUUAUUGGCCGCUUCCUUUUAUAUCGACCAAUCAGAUAAAGGGGGGAAAGAGAUUUUGAACGAGCGCCCUGCGCUGUAUUACACAUUUCUGGCAGGAUUGUCAGAUCCAGGUCAGCGUAAAGAGAUGGAAGACUGUGUGAGCACUUUUGAUGAAGGUCAAAUCUCGAAAUUCUUUCAGUGGUUGAUGGACACUGCUUUCACGACGCUAUGUGGUUAUGAUCAAGAAAAGCAUUUCCAUAUUUUUAAUCUUCUGCAACAUGCGCGCAAGUCUUCUCUGGUCAAAGAUAUACUCAGCAAGAGUCAAUGGAGGCAUAUCAGCUAUGAUGAUUUGCAAGAGGUGGACUGCAUAACGCUGUCAUAUGUAGUAAGUUGCAUGGGAGAGAUGGAAUAUAUGAACUUAUACCGUGCAGAACUUACAGAAGAAAAGGUUCUGAGACUCGUCCCAGCAUUACGGCUGUCGAAGAGCAUUAAUUUGUCACAGAGUCAACUCAGUUUGGGAGUCACCUCUCACUUGUCAACAGCGCUGGCAGAGGGCCGGGCGACCACGCUGAAUUUUUCCCACUCCAAACUGGAAGAGGGAGCGUUCAAGAUCCUCUGUCACAAACUAUCACAAACUAAACUGGAGCAACUCCAAUUGUGUGGAUGUUCAUUGACUUCUGGUGAUUCUGAUGCGUUGGUUAAGUUGAUCUCUGAAGGGUCUGAACUACGUGUGCUGGAUCUGUAUGGAAAUAAACUACAGGAUCAUGGACUCAUUCAGCUCAGUAGUGCCCUGAAGAACUGCGGACUACAGGAAAUCAAUUUGGAUUCAUGCUCGCUGAGUGCUGCAUCGAUGCCUGCGCUGUCUGCGGCUCUGAGCAGCGGUUAUUCAGACCUGAAGAUGCUCAACCUGGGGAGGAACUCGAUAGAGGAUGAAGGGAUGGAGACGUUGUCGCAAGCAUUACAGACAGGACGCUGCUGCCUUAACAGAUUGAAUCUGUACGACUGUGACUUGACCGACUCCUGCUGCUCCUCACUGGCAGCUGCCCUCCAAUCGGAACACUGCUGUUUGACCGAGCUGGACCUGUCGGUCAAUGAGAUCGGCCAAUCAGGAGGCAUGCUAAUAUGUGAAGCACUGAAGAUUUCUAAGUGCAGACUAGAAAACCUAGGAUUAUCGAGAUGUGAGCUCACUGAAGAGGUGUUUCGUGUGCUAGGAGACGUUUUGACGUCUGCUGAAUCGAAGCUCAUCAGUCUGUCAGCGGGAUUGAAUAAAGUGGGCGAUGCCGGAGCCAAACACAUUUGGAAAGCACUGAGGCACAAAAACUGCAAACUGCAACACCUGGAUUUGGAGAUGUUGUCGCUGACGGACGCUUGUGUAGAUGACUUAUGUCAAUCCGUCGCAGCGAGCAACACUUUAACAUCUCUCAUCCUAAAGAACAACAUCCUGACAGACGCUUCUAUACCACGAUUGGUCAAAUUAAUGCAGGAUUGUCCAAUCAUGAGCAAGCUCAAUCUGCAGUAUAAUGACUUCAGUGAAGAUUACUUUGAGUUGAUGGACAGCUGCCCAAAUAUUGUUUAUUAGGGAAAUACACAUGGACGCUUCUGUAAGAACGCUUUCUGAUGAUACAUUUCAAAUAUAACCAAAGUACUUAAUGUUUUGAAUUUAACUUUGUCAAACCUUUGAUGUUUAUGUCAUUUUUAUGCAAUCUUUGUCAUAUAUUCACAUAACUAAGAGACGCUUAUAUAAUCUAGUGGAUUUUUAGGCACAGAAAUUAUCUUAAAGGGGACAUAUCAUGAAAAUCUGACUUUUGAAACAUCCCAUUAACUUAGUUUUGGUAAACCAUUCUCUGCAAGCAUGUAAAAAAUAGGUAAUUGAAAUUUGGCUCCCCCUGUGAUGUCAGAAGGGGUUAAUACCUCCCCUUUGUCUGCACUAUCCAACCACAGCACUGCCAUUUAGUGCAGAGAUCAGCUCAUUUGCAUUUAAAACGACACACCCAAAAAUGGCACAUUUUUGCUCACACCUACAAAGUGGCAAUUUUAACAUGCUACAAUAAAUUAUCUAAUGGUAUUUUGAGCUGAAACUUCACAAAUGCACUCUGGGGACACCAAAGAUUUAUUUGACAUCUUUAAAAAGUCUGGUGAAAUGUCCCCUUUAAUAAACAAUGUAUGCAUGUUUAAAUUAACAUUUUUAUCCUUCCGCGAAACUUUGCACAGAUGCAUAAAAUGAUCGUAAUACCUUAUUAAGAUCCUCUGCUUCAUACUUGUCUGUCUCCAUUUUUUUCUCUUUAACCAGUCUUUGAGAAGUUUUAAUGCCCAUUCUGUAUUUUUUGUGUGUUGGCUUCGUAGCUGUCAUGCUCUAUUUUGUCAAGUUCAGUCUCAGUAAGCUCUCUGUGUCUUGUCGUGGUUGUCGAGUGUUUGUCACAAGAUGGCGCCAAACAGACAGUAAUCUUUAUUGAUCUUUAUUGGCGCGGAGCGAUUUUACUCGUGCAAGUAGUCCGGCUAUGCGUUAUUAUUUUGUAGCGGUUAUUAUUUGAAAAGAACGAACCUGCAAAUGUCUCAACUGACCAAUCAGAAUCAAGCAUUCCAGAGAGCCGUGUAAUAAAUAACAUUAAAGUACCAUGAGAUCACACUACUUGUUAUGCUUUCGAAAAACCCUCACCAGUUGGUUUGUGCAGUGCCGCAUGAAGUUAAAAGCAAGGGGGCCCCCUAGUGGUUCGGGGCCCUAUGCAACUUGCAUACUUUGCGUAUAGGAAGGAUUGGCUCUGGCAAGAGCGAUCCAAAAGCAGUACUAUCGAGUCGCUCUGCAUCUGAUCUCUAUCAAAAGUCCUUCACAAAAAUGGAAUUAUCUCAGCUUUUUGCUCAAAAUUUGGUGUUUUUGAUGAAACCUACACAUAUUUGAGAGGUGAUAAAAACAGAACACAUGAAGGUAGGAUGAAACAGAUUUUUUUGUUUGAAAGCAGAGGGUCUGUUCUUUUAUUUCAUAUAUUGUUUGUUUAUAUAUUAUAAAAGGAGCAUUUUCUGGAAGGCAUUAAACAUUUGUGAAAAUCAUGAAAAAUGCUGGCGGCGAAAGAGUUAACAACAUUCCACAAUUCAUUCACAUUUCUUGGUUUUGCUUCAGAAACAGUAUUUUUGAUAUCACCCAACAAGUUCUCAAUUGGAUUAAGGUCUGGAGAUUGGGCUGGCCACUCCAUAACAUUAAUUUUGUUGGUUUGGAACCAAGACUUUGCCCGUUUACUAGUGUGUUUUGGGUCAUUGUCUUGUUGAAACAACCAUUUCAAGGGCAUGUCCUCUUCAGCAUAGGGCAACAUGACCUCUUCAAGUAUUUUAACAUAUGCAAACUGAUCCAUGAUCCCUGGUAUGCGAUAAAUAUGCCCAACAACACCAUAGUAGGAGAAACAUGCCCAUAUCAUGAUGCUUGCACCUCCAUGCUUCACUGUGUACUGUGGCUUGAAUUCAGAGUUUGGGGGUCGUCUCACAAACUGCCUGUGGCCCUUGGACCCAAAAAGAACAAUUUUACUCUCAUCAGUCCACAAAAUGUUCCUCCAUUUCUCUUUAGGCCAGUUGAUGUGUUCUUUGGCAAAUUGUAACUUCUUCUGCACAUGCCUUUUUUUUAACAGAGGGACUUUGCGGGGGAUUCUUGAAAAUAGAUUAGCUUCACACAGACGUCUUCUAAUGGCGCUUUUCCAUUGCAUAGUACCCCACGGUUUAGUUUAGUUUGGGUCGGGUCAGCUUACUUUUAGGAGCUUUUGCAUUGGGUGCAGUACGUAGUACCCGAUACUUUUUUUCGUACAACCUCGGUUGGGGUUCCAAGCGACCCGAGCUGAUACCAAACGUGACGCGAAAACACUGUAGAUCACUGAUUGGUCUGAGAGAAUCGUCACGUCAUCGCUAUAAUGUAAAUAUUAGCUUUAGCUUACUGCUAGCUUGCGCUGUCUCAAGCAAACAUGUUGUUAUCUGUGUUCUGCUAUAAGUUUCCAAACACCCUUUUAGCGAUGAAAAACAUCCGCAGGUUGAGAAUCCGGGACACCAUAACAGUUUUUUCCAGACUUGCAGUUUGUGGCGGCACAUUCGCGACGUGCACGUCCGCAUUAUUUAUGCUUAAAUGCAACUUGAAUGAGGCUCAGCGGAGUGCCGUCGACUGACGCCACGGGUGGGGUGUUUGAACAGAAACUGUCAUGUGAGACAGAGGUAGUGAUAAACACGAUGUGCAAACAUCUAUUUGUGGUGGCCAAUUUUAAUUUUGUGGCAGACUGAGAAAUAAAUGAAUGGGAAUGUACAACAAUGCUCUCACGUGUAUGAUGUCACAGCAGUAGGCAGCGUAAAUAUAACGACACGCCUAUAAUCCCUCCCAUUCCGAAGUGAUACUAAACUCGAUGGAAAAGCUAACCAAGCCCAAGUGAGGUGAGCUGACCCGACCCAAACUAAACUAAACCGUGGGGUACUAUGCAAUGGAAAAGCCCCAUAACUGUCACAAGACUUACAGGUAACUCCAGACUGUCUUUGAUCAUCCUGGAGGUGAUCAUUGGCUGAGCCUUUGCCAUUCUGGUUAUUCUUCUAUCCAUUUUAAUGGUUGUCUUCCGUUUUCUUCCACGUCUCUCUGGUUUUGCUCUCCAUUUUAAGGCAUUGGAGAUCAUUUUAGCUGAACAGCCUAUCAUUUUUUGCACCUCUUUAUAGGUUUUCCCCUCUCCAAUCAACUUUUUAAUCAAAGUACGCUGUUCUUCUGAACAAUGUCUUGAACGACCCAUUUUCCUCAGCCUUCAAAUGCAUGUUCAACAAGUGUUGGCUUCAUCCUUAAAUAGGGGCCACCUGAUUCACACCUGUUUCUUCACAAAAUUGAUGACCUCAGUGAUUGAAUGCCACACUGCUAUUUUUUUGAACACACCCCUUUCAACUAGUUCAACUAAUUGCCCAAUUGCACAGCCUUAAGAGCGUGCAUAUCAUGAAUGCUGGGUCUCAUUUGUUUUCUGAGAAUCUACUGAACCUACUGGUAACUUGUUUGCCACGUAGCAAUAAAACAAUAUACUAAAAACCUUGAUUAUUCUGGUUAGUCACAUUGUACUGCUAUUAUUUUGAACAAGACUGUAUAUCUUAGCAGAAAGUUGAAAAAUGUCGCAUUUACGUCACACAUGCGCAGCCAUGUCCCCUGUUGUCAUGGUAAUGUUAGGAAGUGACGUAAAUAUGUGACGUGAACAUCAAUGAAAAGCUGCAAACAGCUCCCGUUAUUUCAUCUUAUAAAAUUGCAUAAAUAUCCUGCAUCUUCCAUCGAGAGUUUUUCUGGAAGGAUUGAUAUUGAAGACAUUCAGUGUAAUUCUGAGUAGGGUUUAGCUUUCAAAAUGAAUGAAAACAGAGAGAAACUUGUUUUUUUACAGAAUAAAUUGGCUUUAAGUGUAUGACUUCAGGUCUGAGUCUUAUGAUGUUAUAUUGAAAGUGAAAUAUAAAUAGUGACACAAAUUGACAAGCACACACACAAACACACACACACACACACACACACACACACACACACAGUUAAUGAGAUCGAUAAACCAGCAUUAUUUUCUAAUAAAACUGGUUGCAUACUCGCAUCCCUUGCUGGUAAAACCACAACAUAUGCCAGUGACUGGCAGCGUACACCCCACAU